GUAAGGGAGGUAAUCCCAAAAGAAUUUCCGUGACAUGACGCUACUUUCAUUUUGAUUUUCCUGCAUCGAUUUCUUAGCAGCCCUUUUGUCGAAAAUUUGAAUUGAUUUUGACGAAAAAUAUUUAAUUAGGCUGUACCUGUUAAGGAGAUGAUACUUUACCAAAGAAGCAUUUUUCUCUUAACUAUAUUGUAUACAGUUCUAACUAAUGCUAGUUUGUCUCCAAAAGACAAGAAAAAGGUCAAAAAGGAUAAGUUCAAGCCAGUGACAAACAGUGUUAUUGAAAGGGGCCUUGUAAAGGAAGAAAUAAAACUGAAGGAUAUCUUGAAAGAAUAUGGUUCUAUUAGUGAAUCAAAGACUCCACAUUUUACUGGGGAUAUUCUAGCAUAUGUUACUCCUUGGAAUAGUCAUGGAUACAACAUUGCUAAAACUUUCAGUAACAAAUUCAGCAUGGUUUCUCCUGUUUGGUUACAAGUAAAAAGGCGGCCUGGUGGAUCAUAUCACAUGCAAGGAGGUCAUGAUAUAGAUUCAGGAUGGGUUGAAGAGGUCAAGGAAGGAAACACAAAAAUGGUUCCAAGAGUAUUAUUUGAUGGAUGGAGUUUAAAAGAUUUUGAAGCCACAUUUUCCAGUGAAGAUAACAUUGAAGAUUGUAUUGAUACUAUGUUAAAGUUUACAAAGAAAUAUAAAUUUGAUGGAUUGAUUGUAGAAAUAUGGUCACAGCUUGGUGGACAAAAAAGAAAAGAGUUAGUACAUUUCUUAACACACAUGGGAGAAACAUUUAAAGCAGCAAAGAAAACAUUAAUUUUAGUUAUUCCACCUCCAGUUUAUGCAAGUGACCAAGCUGGAAUGUUUGGUAAGAAGGAGUUUGAUAAGCUGGCACCAGUGAUUGAUGGAUUCAGUCUGAUGACAUAUGAUUUCUCAAAUUCACAAAGGCCUGGACCUAACAGUCCAAUAUUAUGGAUGAAACAAUGUGUAGAAGCUAUAGAUCCUAAAGCUACAAAUAGGAAGAAAAUUUUACUAGGAUUGAAUUUUUAUGGGAAUGAAUAUCAUGCUGGCGGCGGUGGACCUAUUUUAGGAAAUCAAUUUAUAGAGAUUUUAAAGAAACACAAACCUAAAUUUAAUUGGGAUGCAAAUGUAGCAGAACAUAUAGGUGAAUACAAACACAAUCAACAAGCUAAUGUGAUAUUUUAUCCAACACUAAAGUCCAUACAAAUGAGAUUAGAUUUGGCCAGAUCAUUAGGAACAGGAAUAGCCAUAUGGGAAAUUGGACAAGGACUUGAUUAUUUCUAUGAUUUAUUAUAGUAUUAAAAUAUGUAAACAAA